GGCGCUUCACAAGAGGCGGGACGUAGAUGAGAGCGGUGCAACACAAUUGGAGAAGCAGAUGAGCACCCUAUGACGUCAGCAGGAAGCGGCUCAAUCCGGUGCUGCGUGUGCAUGUUGUAGCCCAAGUCUAAAAUAUGGAACAAAACAAUGCAGAAGGGAAUCUGGCCCAGGUUCGACACGUUGUGUUGGUCCUGUCCGGGAAAGGAGGUGUGGGAAAGAGCACCAUCACCACAGAGUUGGCCCUGGCUCUCCGACAUGCUGGCAAGAAGGUCGGCAUCCUGGACGUUGACCUCUGUGGGCCCAGUAUCCCGCGCAUGCUGGGCGUGGGCCGGCCUGAUGUGCACCAGUGCGACUCGGGCUGGGUGCCGGUCUACACCGACGCCCAGAAGAGCCUCGCCCUCAUGUCCAUCGGCUUCCUCCUGGACGACCCGGAUGAAGCAGUGGUGUGGAGGGGCCCCAAGAAAACAGCUUUGAUUGCCCAGUUCGUGUCAGACGUGGCGUGGGGGGAGCUGGACGUGCUGCUGGUGGACACGCCGCCUGGGACGUCUGACGAGCAUUUGGCCGUACUGGAGAACCUUAAGAAGCACAGAGUGGAUGGAGCCAUUUUGGUCACAACACCGCAGGCUGUAUCGACAGGGGACGUGAGGAGAGAGAUCACCUUCUGUAAGAAGACGGGCGUACGAAUCCUGGGCAUCGUGGAGAACAUGAGUGGCUUUGUGUGUCCACACUGCUCCGAAUGCAGCAAUAUUUUCUCAAAGGGCGGCGGUGAAGAAUUGGCCAAACUGACAGGAUCAGUCUUCCUCGGUGCUGUGCCCUUGGAUCCUCUGCUCAGCAGCAGCAUAGAGGAAGGCAAAGAUUUCACACAGUCAUUCCCCGACAGCGCCACCUUCAGCGCCAUCAGCAGCAUCAAACAGACUCUGCUCGACAGUCUCCAAGCUUGAGACAUGAUGUUUAAAUAUCUAAAUACACGUCAGUACAUAGGCUCUGUAAUUUGUACAAUGUAUUGCCGAGUUGUGUUAUGCUUUUUAACCAUGCUGCGUUCUUCCUGUACAGUUAAAUAAAAAAAGUCUACCUGCC